ACCUACGCAUCCCUGAGGCCGAGGAUGGGAACAGUUGCUUAUCCGAUAGGAUUAGAAUAUCUGUGCUGAGGCUGAAUGGAAAAAAUACCCAUCAUCCACUAUACUCCUGUAAACUCCGUGUACGAUCAUGGCUCCGCCGAAAUAAUGCGUUUCGUCUGAUUAAGUCUACACCAUAACGGAGAACUGUCACUUUACAGAGUAGCAAGGCAAGAGACAGCAAACACCAGGCCUGAACUCCCAAAUAGCAAUUUCAAAAUGUCGGAGCUUUUUAUGGAGUGUGAGGAGGAGGAGCUAGAACCAUGGCAAAGGAGGAUCCCAGAAAUUAAUUUGGUGGAUGAUGACGAUGACGACGACGAUGAACCAAUUUUUGUUGGAGAGAUCCGUAGCUCCAAAGUGACUCCAAACACCAGGCCAAGUCCCGCUCCUGUCGUAAAAGCUGUCAACCAGCGGCAGAUCCUGCCAGCCGCCACCCGGAGCGUCAUGCCCGUUUCGCCGGUGAUGAGGGCCGGGGCCACCGUGCCGACGUCCCCCCAAAGGCCCCCACAGGCCACGACUGGCCCUCAGCCCGUCUCCUGCAGUUCCUCCGGACCCAUAGUGCCCCAGCUCGCUGUCAGGGCAACAGCGCAGUCCGUCACCAAGUCCUUACUCAUUCCUGUGGCAUCUCAGCCUGGAUCCCUGCCCACCGUCACACAGCCCGUGUCCCACAUGUCCCACGCCUUAUCCGCACAGUCUCACCAGCCCAUAAUUAUCAACAACCAGGGCUACAUAGUGACAUCUUCCCAGAUAACCAACAAUUCUACGUUCAUCGCUUCUCUUGGGAAUCAGUAUCCACCUGGAACAUCUUUCACCGUUCUUCCAGCUGGACAGCAGUUGCUGCCACAGGUGACUUCUGCGAAGGCUGUACCAGGGGUGGUCCACAGGCCCCAGGUGCAACUAAUACAGAACAACAUUGUCACCCUGGCCAACGUGCAGAGCCCUCCGCAGCCAAAGCAGCCGGCUGCGCAAUUCUGCCCUACCAAACUGCAGCCUAUACAAAUGAACGCGGCCACACUUCAGCCCAUACAGGUUGUAUCGUCUGCAGUGCAAAGCAAGCUUGUCACCCCGCCAAAACCACAGAACUCUCCUGGUGCCACAUCCAAGCAGCCGUCACCUUUACUGCAGGUCAUGAGCAAUACUACAGGAAUCGGGAUGAAUGCAGUUAAACGGGACUCUCCACCUGAUGCCACAAGCAAUGCCACUAAAAGGACUAAACUGGAAUUGGGAGCUUCCAAUGUUUCUGAUUGCACACAAAAUGGGACUCCUUUUAGAAAGAAGUGUCCAAGGUGCAAUAUUCAAUUUAACCUCCCAGAUCCAAUGAGAAAUCAUAUGAGGUACUGCUGUUCUCAUUUGAUAGACAGUGUUUUCCCGACAACGUCCAAGCUGGGUAAACCUUCCCCUCCAGUCAGGAUGAUGGAUGCCGAGAAAGGAAAACUCAUUAUGCUGGUCACUGAAUUUUACUAUGGGAGGCAUGAGGGGGACAAGAUAGCCCAGAAGGAUCAGAAGGCCAGCAUCACUUUUAAGUGCAACAGCUGCCUGAAAGUCCUGAAGAACAAUAUCAGGUUCAUGAACCACAUGAAGCACCACUUGGAGCUGGAGAAGCAGAGCAAUGAAAGCUGGGACAGCCACACAACCUGCCAGCACUGCUUCCGCCAGUACUCCACCCCCUUCCAGCUGCAGUGCCACAUCGAGAGCGCCCACAGUCCAUACGAGUCUACCACCAAUUGCAAAAUAUGCGAGUUAGCCUUCGAGACUGAGCAAGUGCUCUUGGAACAUAUGAAAGACAAUCACAAGCCUGGUGAAAUGCCCUAUGUUUGCCAGGUCUGCAACUACAGGUCAUCGUUCUUCUCUGAAGUGGAGAGUCACUUCCGAUCCGUUCACGAAAACACUAAAGAUCUCCUCUGUCCCUUUUGCCUUAAAGUCCUCAGAAGUGGCCACAUGUAUAUGCAGCAUUAUAUGAAGCAUCAGAAAAAAGGAAUUCAUCGAUGUGGCAAAUGUAGGCUGAAUUUUCUCACUUAUAAAGAGAAAGCGGAUCACAAGACUCAAUUCCAUAGAACAUUUAAGAAACCCAAAACCUUAGAGGGGCUCCCUCCGGGAACGAAGGUCACCAUUCGUGCUUCUCUGUUGGGCGGGUCCUCCACUUCAGCCGGCGCCCCGAGCAGGUCCAUCGUCAGCAUCAUGCCCAGCAGCCCCACCUCCAAACAGCCGAGCAAGUCGCACUCCAGCACAGCAAAAUCAAAGUCCUCCUCACAGAACAGCGGCCCUGGAAGAGCCAGGCCUUUCCAGACCAAGAAACAAGAACGCCUCAACUCCAAACUACAGGAAAGGAGCAAUGAGGCACUGAGGAAUGUCAGAAAUCACAUGGGCGAGCAGAUAUGUGUUGAAUGUUACACAAAAGUCACAGACUUCUAUUCUCACUAUCCAAUGGUGCUGAACUGCGGUGCCUGCAAGUAUCGUACGUGCUGCAAGAAGUCUUUUGAAAAUCACAUGAUCAGGUUUCAUAGUGCUGUUUCCAGAGACCGAUUUAGAAAAACGAAGAAGCCUCGGGGUAGUCUACGGAGUAUAACACUCGUUUGUCUCAACUGUGACUUCCUGGCGGAUGCAUCGGGCACCAACCUCAUGAGCAAACAUUUGCUUGACAGACCAAACCACAAUUGUCAGGUCAUCAUCGAGAAAGGAAUUUCUUCUACUGAGGAAAAACCCAAAACUGGGCCAGAGCUUCAAACAUCUGCAGGAGACCCUGGUGACUUUACGAGAGUUGAAUCGGAUGUUCUGGGUGGAGAUUUGGACCCUGCGGAUACAAGCAGAAAGGACAAAGGAGACUCUCAACUCGAUUCUCAUAACAAGCCAUCCGAGGAAAGUCAGGCAGAACCUUCGGAGGUCAAAGAUUCCAGGCCUGCUUCUGAAACGGAGAGCAAAGGAGGUGAAAUGCCUGAAGGCAGCCGGACUGAUGCGAAUGAUGGAGGGAUCCCAGAGAACGAAGAGAAGGAAAAAGACGAGACUCCUGCAAAGGCACCAGAGCCGGUCGAGAGGGACACAUCACCAGGAGAGCCCAGUGGCGGAAGCCCACCUGAGAAAGAAAAGCAGGAGGAGCCGUUGUCAGAACCCACGCCUCCCUCCAGACCCGCUGACCGUGAGACAGAGGAGGUGGAGGAGGAGGAGGAGGAGGAUGGGUCGCCAAAGGAGGACGUACCGUUCGAGGAGUUCCUGAGAAAAGCCGAAGAGCCGGAGUCGGCCGGCUCGGAUGCCAGCGAGCAGGGCAGCGCCCACCUGGAGCCCCUCACUCCCUCAAAAGUACUGGAGCACGAGGCCACCGAGAUCCUGCAGAAGGGCAGCAGCCCAGCUCCCGAAAGCAAAGCUGAAGCUCCCUCUGACAGCGCCGAUGAAACCAGCCGCCCCUCAAGCCCCGACAAAUCUAAAGACGCCUCGGCCUGACAGGAGCGAAUGCAGUUUUUACUUUGACACUUGUUGCAUUCUCAAACCUGUACUGUGAGGCGCGGAGGAGGGGCGGAAACUUUUGUAACAAUACUGUAUUAUCGAUAUACACGUCUCUGAACAAUUAUCUGAAAGUAAGUCAAAUGUUUGGCUGAAUGGGUGCAGAAAUGAAAUGAGUUAAUGUGUUACUUGAGAUACCUUUUCAUGUACAGUUUUACUACACUCCUGUAAACGGUAGUACUCCUGCCAGUCUAACAAGCUAACAAGUGAACCUUCGGAAAAACCAUUGGACCAUCCCGUUAAAGUGUUUUGUGCAUGUGUUCUGACUGUGUACAAGGAAUCAUCACUUUUGUUCUUGUUUCACGUAAGUAAGUGCUUCAAUGGUAAGGACCUAGGAAGAUGGAUUAAAGGUUAUCGUGAUCCCAAUUGGUGUAAUAUAUCAAAAUGCUUCUUAGCCAGCAUGUAAUACCAGAAGGGCAGCUACUUUAGGACUAGUGUAUAUUGCAAUAAGUGUAAUUUAGGCAUGUAGCAAAGGAUACAUUUAAGUUCUCAAUGUGAGGUCAAUGCAUUGACCUUAAUAUUUUUGCUACCCUAUUAUUUUGCUGGUAGAUGUAGCAAUUUUAUAUACUGAUUUUUGGUACCUCGCAUUAAAGGUUCAUGUUUGCUUUUCGCUUCUCACAGUGUUAAGGUCUCCCUGUACUUUGUGUUGUGUUACUUUCCCCUGCUUUCAGUGGUAAGAAACGGAGACUUGAGAACGAAUGUUUAAAGACGUUGCAGUCGGCUGUGGCUGCUUUUAAGGACUGUAAAUAAACGUUUUGGUGAUCUCACUCAGA